AUGCCCCCCAUUUCGACAAGCCACAAGACUAUCGAUGCAAAGAGCUCAAAUGUUCACAUUGGGAAUGGGCCUUGCAUUAUCCUGUUGAAUGUGAGCAACGUUAUCAUUCACGGAUUGAACAUCCAUAAUUGUCAGCCAUCUAAAUCGUGUAUGAUUUUGCUCUCUGAGGGUACGCAAGCCGAGGAAAUCGAAACACAAGAUGGAGACGGUAUUUCAGUUCGCAAUUCCCGAGACAUUUGGAUCGAUCAUAACACAUUAUUCAAUUGCUCAGAUGGACUGGUUGAUGUCACGCUUGCUUCCAGUUCAGUUAGCAUUUCUAACAACCGUUUCUCUUACCAUGAUAAGGUGAUGCUCUUGGGACACAGUGAUGAUUAUACAGCUGAUAAAGCCAUGAAGGUGACAGUGGCGUUCAACCACUUUGGGCCUGGCCUCAUUGAACGUAUGCCAAAGUGCAGACAUGGGUAUGUCCAUGUUGCCAAUAACAACUACGAACCAUGGGGAAUAUAUGUUAUUGGAGGGAGUGCAGGUCCGGUUAUCAGAAGCGAAGGCAAUCACUUUGUGGCUCCAGACGAGGAAUAUAAGAAGCAGGUGACAUGGCGUGAGAACCCAAAUCGAAAUAGUUGGUUGUGGAAGUCUGUGAGAGAUACUUUUGCGAAUGGAGCAUUCUUCCUCCUAUCUAGCAAAGGAAAAGAAGUUCCCAACUACAAUUCUCAACAGAAUUUCAAAGUGUUUUCAGGAACGCUUGUGCCAAUACUCACCAGGACCACGGUGUAA